AUGUGGCAUUGCAGAUCCUUGGCGGUAGUGCUUUCCUCGAGGACUGCAGCCUCCUGUGCCAGUCGCUCACUGAGCUCUGUGAGCACGGGCGGGGGUGAGCACCAGCCACCACCAGCAGCAGCGGCAGCAUCGAGCAGCGGUGGCGCUCCUCCGCCGGUGGAGGUACGGUUCUACUUCGACUACCGCAGCCCGUUCGCCUACCUGGCCAAGGAUCUGGUCUACGGCAUCGAAGACCACUACCCGCCCGACGCCGUGCACGUGCGGUGGCUCCCCUUCGCCUUCCCCGUCGAGGAGGGCUUCGGUCUGCCUGGGUCGCGCAGCCGCUACCACCUCAACAAGGUCAAGUACGCCUACGUCGACGCACGGCAGUGGGCGAAUGAGCGCGACCCGCCGCUGGUGAUCAAGGGUCCCCAGCGCGUGUUCGAUUCCACGAGGGCCAACGCGGCGGGCCUCUUCGCCCAGUCGCUCGGCCGGCCUGUCUUCCGCGCCUACACCGACCGGGUCUAUCGGGAGUUCUUCGAGCGGCGGCUCGACAUCGAGCAGGCGGAGGCCAUCCGGUGCGUGCUGCAGGACGCCGUCGCGCGCCACGCCGGUGAUCAUUCCCAGGCCGCCGCCGGGUGGGAAUCGCGCUACGCGGCCUUCGUGGGAGACGACGAGCAACAGCAGGAGGAGGGAGGUGGCGGCGCGGCGCGGGGCCAGCUGGCGGAAAUUCGCGAGGCGGCCGAGGAGGAGGGCGUGUUCGGGGUGCCCUCCUUCGUGGUCGGCGGCCACCUCUUCUUCGGCGCCGACCGGUUCCACUGGGUGCGCCGCCGGCUCGACGCCCUCCUCGCCGCGCGCCACACGCCCGGCACCACCCAGCCCACCACCUCCUCCUCCACUUGA